GCUACUGGGUACAUUUUAAAUUAGCAAACUGUUCUAAAGGGGUCGGAAAGUCGAGAACUUAGAGCUAUUAUUCCAUAUAAUAUCUGUUACUUCACAUUUGUAUACAUAUGUUGGUUUACGACUAAGAUGAUACAGAGAAAACACACAUGAGGACAGAUUUGAUCCAGGUCAACCGCCCCCGUUUAUCACCUAGCUACUGCCACUUCAGAGAGGCUGCCUCUGGCCCCGCCCUCCAGAGAUGACUGAUGCCCACAAGGCCAACAAGCUCCCUGAAUGCUCCUCAGAGGGCGGGGCUACAGCAGAAGAGCAGGACAUGCCACUGAGACAAGAGACCACACCUACUAGCUUUCCAGUGGGUGAAGAGCCAAUCAGCUUACAGAGUCCAGAUACAGAGCCCGCCCCCGGGCUACUCUCAAUGCCCUGCUUGCUUAUGGAGCUCCACAGAGACACCGCCCUUGGGCAGCCUGCUGAAACGGAACGGCCUCCGACCGCCACUCAGCCCUGCCCACAAGAAGACAGCGAUUCAUCCGUCUGCCUGCAAUCACCUUCCUCGUCCGGUCACCUUGGUGAUUCCGACACACUUUCGUCUGCGGCAGAAGAGGCCGUGCCCACUCAAACUGUGGGCAGGAAGUCGCGGCGUUCGCAUUCUGAAAGUGACACAUCCUCUGUUGCCAUGGCAGCCAAGAAGAACCGUUGCCAGGAGAAACAAAUGAAUGGGCGUGUCCGCGUGAGAGGGCCGCGCAGCCAGUGGCAGAAGUUGCGCAUGCGACAGCUGCGACAGAAACGCGAGGCGGCGGCGAGACGCAAACCAGACGUUCUCCAGGACAGCAGCACCAGUGACAGUGACAUCACAGCCCACUCUUCAUCUUCCUCACCGUUAACGGCCUCGUCCGACAACGAGGGAGAGACAGUCAACUCUCACACACCAGCUGGUCGUCGCCGAGCCGAGAGUUCUGGAGCUUCAACGCGAGGGCGGGGCCAACUCGACGUGGGUGUGGCCAGUGGAAGUCUGGGCGGCGUCUUGGAGGAAGCUUUUACACGAUUCGCCGCGAUGCAAAGACAGACCGAGGAGCGCUUUCGUGUGUGGAUGGAAAGAUUGACCCACCUCCACUCCGACGACGACCUUUCGUCCAGCGAAACUCCCGAGGGGCGGAGCCACGCUAGCUCGUUCCUGCCAUCAUCGGAGUCGCAGGAAACGCUGGCGGGAUAUCAGAUGGCCCGAAUCAACGCAAACACAGUCCCACCUGCACACACCGCUGGCCUCAAUGGAAACGUGGAGGCAUCUGAACCAAACGUUUAAGGAAUGCGACCAAUUCAAGCAUACUGAAGUGGAGGCUCGCAACUAAAUUCUUAUUUUUUUUUCCUCUUUAUGUUUCUUAAUUCUGCCUUUUCAACUUUUUUUCUAUUAAAGGCUUAGUUCAUCCCAAAUGGAAAUUGAUCUAAUAGAUUUUUUUGUUAUCCUGGCAGCCCUUUUCCAUAUAUUGAAGCAAAAUGGCUGCAAAAAUGACAACAAACACCAUCCAAGUAGUCCAUAUGACCCCAUAAGUCUUUUAAAGCCAUUUGAUAGUCAAAAAUAUUCACUGGUCAUCUUAACCCUACUAAAGAGUGAGUGAUGACAGAUUUUUCAUUUUUGGGUGAACUGUGUCUUUAACAUCCUCUGUCUCUCAUUUUAUCGUUUUUUUCUAGUUGUUUGUUAUUCACAUCUCGGGGGUGCCCUCCAGAGUCUGUGCCUUUUGCCAUUUGUUCUUGUCUUGGGAAGAGACAACGCUUCAAUCCAUCUAGAGAUGCAUCAUUUGUCUUGCCCAUUUAAUAUUGACUGUUUGGUGUGACCGAAACAGCUUUUCCUGAGAGACUUGAAUUGGAACUUUUGGUUUGACUGCCACGUGUGUUUUUGUCUCAUGAUAUAUGCUCAUCUAGAAAACGUGGGCUGGAGUGUCUACCAAAGAUCUCUGAACUUUUGUUUUGUGGCUUGUUUUAGCUCAUUAUUUAAUCACUUCCGAGGUGGGAUAUGCAUGAUAUAAAAUGAAAGUAGAGAGCUGUAAACAAUGACAGCCUACACGUUAGAUUCGAUGCUAAAAACGAACCCGGAACUCGGGCCGAUCUGACCAUCUAAACACUGAUAUUACACGUUUUAGCGUGUUUAAUAUCAAAAGCUUAACGUAUAACCAUAAACUUAGUAUCAUAUGAAAGCUUAAACACUCGACAUUCAUCAUUUGCAAUCAAAACAUGAUAGUGUUAACAUGCAAUAAACAGGAGUGAUCAUUUUCUAUUUACAAAACGCAUGUCAUGCUCACAGAACUGCACACCAUGGCAAGCAAGAAAUGUAAAUUUUUUUCCAUCCGGGUCAUAUUUCGCUCGAAAAUAAACAUUUAUUUUGCAUAAAGAAAAUGAAGCCUAUGUUUAAAACCAUUAAGAUUUGAUGCAUUGUGACAUCAUAACAGUUAAACACAUUUUAAAUUUUCAUUAGAUUGCUACUGUAAUUCAUCCUAUAAGCAAUACAGUAAAAUCAUCAGACACCGAUUUGUCUUUUGAGCCAACAAAUACUACUGUGACGUAAACGUUUAACACGUUAAACAAUAUAAUAUCUCAAAUGUUAUUUUAAAUACAAUAUAUUUUUUCACGUUAUAAUUCUUAAUUAAAUUGUCUUUAAAUAGUGGCUCAAUGCCAAUUUCAUUGAUCCCAUUUUAUUUAUAUUCAAGAGAAAUUUAUAAUGCAAAAUAUACAUUUCUUUAGAUUUUGGGGUGAAAUAAGACCAGGAAAUGUUCUUGCCAUACUAACAAACAUGCAUGCAUGUCACAGACUUCAGCUCACAGGACGACUUGAAAGGUGUUUACUGUACACAGUGUGUGAAGGCGAAUGUUUACCGUGUGUGUGUGUGUGUGUGUGUGUAGAGAGAGAGAGAGAGAGAGAGAGAGAGAGAGAGAGAGAAACUAACCUGGCUGCCUAAAUAAUUCAGUUUAGUGUCAUACUGUUUAGAUGAAGUUAAUUUCAUUUGUGUAAUUGUUAGAAAGUCAGUGAAUAUCUUUUCUUUUUUUGAUACAUUGAUUUUUAAAGUCCUCGACUAAUGCCUGACCAAAAUUCAAAAUGUGCCAGGUGGUCAUUAGUGGUAAUUCGACUCAUGUCUGUGUAACACAUUAUUUGCUCAUUAGCUGGUAAAUAAAUAUACUGUCAUUUUUACCAGCAUUCCUUCUGUUUUUUUUACGUGAUACAUUUACAUCGACGC